UCUAGCCCAGUAACGCAAAGCCCAAAAAAAAGUGGAGUGGCGACGAGGCACGCCCACCACACCAGCGAGCGACCUCCUCCCCAUUUCUCCCACCCAUCUCCGCUCUCCUGUCUUCUUUCUGCCGCCGCCGCCGACGACGAAGCCGACCGGCCGACUUCCUCCUCUCUUCUCUUCGGUUCAGCGGUGGACCGCGCGAUCACUAAGAUGGCUGAUCUGUGCACCAAGUUUACCUUGUCCGGAUGCCACCGGUUUUACCCUGAGUUUCCAGAUCACUGGUAUGAUCUGGUUGAAGCUCCUGUCCAUGUGCCGAAGUUCACCCCUCGCAAGAAGCACAACCGUGCGUAUAGGUCCCGCCAUGGCCAUGUUAUCAUUGGUUUCCCUGAGGCAAAUGAAGACAUAGAGCAGCUGUUCGAGGACGAUGGUGUGGAGGAAGAGGAGCAGCUGUUCGAGGACAAUGGCGUUGAACCAAUUGCUGUGAAUGAAGUGGAGGGGGUUGCCAUUGAUGAGGAUGUUCCAGAGCUGGGAAUUGAGUACCAGGCAGAGGAGGAACAUGUCGAGGAUGAUGACGUGGAAGCAUUAGUUCUGAAUGAGGUCGCCCCCAUUGAUGGCGGAGAUGUUCCUGAGGAAUACACUGAGUAUGAGGGUGGCCUUCUUGCGGCUAAGCUUGGUGGAGAGGACGACGACAAGGUCGAGCUUUAGAUUGCUACUAUUUCUGGCUCAUCAGCAUCGAAGGCCUGAAGAUUUUGACUAGCAUCUCAAGUCCAGUAUCAAGAACCUUGUUUUUCUAUAAAAUAAUCCAUUGUCUCUACCGAAGUGAACUACGUGAUGAUUAUGGCCGUAUGUCGUGUAAAUGUCUCGUCUCCUGCUGAAUGCACUGAAAGUAGUUUCCGCAUGUGUUGAUUAUGGCCGUAUGUCAUGUAAAUCUCUCGUCUACUGCUGAAUGCACUGAAAGUAGUUUCUGCAUGUGAUGAUUAUGGCCGUAUGCCAUGUAAAUCUCCCGUCUACUGCUGAAUGCACUGAAAGUAGGGUCCAAGUCCAA